GUCUCUGAGAAUAAGAUAUGUUAAUGGCUUUAACAGCUGAGUCUUCAGGCUUUGUUUGCGUAGUGACAUUUUUGAAAGAAAGUGUCCAGUGUGUAAUUUUCCAGCUCUUGCAGGUUGACAGGUCACAGUUACAUGUUGUUUCAAUGAAAUAAAACAAACGGCGCAGGAACAUUGACAGAGCAGAAAAUACACCACAGAUAUAUAUAUAUAUAUAUGUGUGAAAUUCAAAUACAUUUAAAGAUGAAUUCUCACAUAUAAACAUGUUGUUUGUGCUGCCGUGAUAGGAUAUGAUCCAACAAAGCUGUUUUCUAGACCAUUCUUUGAUACGAUUGCACUAGAGAAUAAAUGACUUCUUCACAAAACACUGUAAAAUCUAAACCUAAGUUCAGUUCUCGUACCGACUGACGUUUUCUUAGUUCGUAUUCAUGAGAAAAACGCAAAAAUAUUUGUUUUAUGGGAAUUAAUCUCAUGAAAAAAAACCAAAAAGUAUUAUCUACAGAAACAUGAACUACUGUAUUAGACGCUGGUGACUCGGGUUAGUUAGUGGUAAAUGUUGCCUUUUACUUGUAAUGAUAUACUGAGGUACAAUUAUAAACUGUGUUAGUAUUUUAGACAUAAGAGACGUGACCCUAAAAGUGUAAACAAACAUUAUAUUAAUGCAAAAUAUAUGUCAUCAAUUUAGAUUUUUUUUCCACAUAUUUCACUUUAAUCAUGUCAGACUCAAACAUCUGUGUCUCCGUGGACACUUCUCUGGAUUUUAACCUGAAUUUCCCGUCCGCCGUUAUCUCAGCCAACAGAUCCUUUUGCAGGCUCGUCGUGUACGUCUCCAGAUAAAUCCCCCUAAAUCUCACUGACACAUCACAGCAGCAGCAGCAGCAGCAGCAGCAGCAGCAGCAGCGUGUAUAUAUGCUAAUCAUGAGCGGGUGUUAUCUGAGCUGAUGAAUAUUCCUAUAUUGAUUGCCUUUGCCUAUUGAUUAGGCCAGGCUUUAACAGGAUUACAACGCUAAUCUGAUGGGAAUAAUGCAAGAGGGGAUUUACAGCAAAAUAAUUUUAGAUUCCAAAGAGCGACGUCGCACACACACAACACACAGUCCAGACACAAUCAACACAAAACUGCGGCCGAGGGUGAGUUUUCUCAAGUGUUCGUGACGUUCACGUGUCACAUUCCUUUCACUGAAAGACGCGGCGUCUUCCCACGGAAACACAAAAACUAAAAUUAAAACCCGUAAAUAAACACUCCCCCACCAAACACAGACAUUAUGGUCAGCGUCUAUUGGUGUGUAUGUGUGUGUGUGUGUGUGUGUUGAUCAAAGGGACGAGCAGUUGUCCACACGACUCAGUUGUCAGUUUCUCCUGAGCUGGAGUUUCUGUCUGAAUAAAAGCCAGAUUCUUAGUCAGCCCCGUGUCAACGGGCUCUCAUUAGUCCUGCAUUCAUGGACACACAAACACACACACACUGUUCCACCAUCACACACUCAUUAGUGGUCCAAAGUCAUCAGGGCGGCUUGUGCAGCUAAUUGCACACCUUAGCUCCUCAUUAGAUUUUCCAGUGAAGACCUUUGCGGAGCAGAGUGAAGGGCAGAUGGAGAGGACGGGAGGACGGGAGGACGGGUGGACGGGUGGACGGGUGGACGGGUGGACGGACUGGUCAGCUGCAGCCUGAUAUAUGAGUGGACACAAUAAGCAAAGUGGGGCCAGGCCAGCCUCUGCCACAUGUCUGUUGAAGAUGCACUGGUCUCCGGAGCACAACGCCCCCUUGUCUCAGUGGCCUGAGCAGCACCUAGAUGUCACCUCGACCACUUCACCCCCGUCUGGUCACAAACACGACCCCUACACAUCAGCUGCUCGCCGUGGCUACGGCACUGCAGGUUACCCUUGGGCUAGCGAUGACAUAUCAGCCCUCACUGCUUCUUCUCUCCUUAAACGCUACGCCGAAAAGUACUCUGGACUCGAACUCCCUUAUGAACGCCCCCCGACGGGGGCCUACCCUGAGCCUGGAACUUUCCUGAAAGCUGAAUCGGAGCCCUGGUCUCUAGGUCAGAGCGUGGACUGUUACCCUGGACUUGAGGCGAUAACUGGCACCAAAGUGGGCGCAGCGUCCGUGGGCAUCCCCGCCACAGGAAGUGUGACAGUAGUGAGCAGUAAUUUGGCCUCUGAGCCCAGUUACAGUGGGGCGAACUCCUGCGGCGCCCCAACAUCUCAGGAAUACCCCCCCGCCUACAACAGCACCUACCUGUCCUCAGGAUACUGCCCUCAGCCCAGUGCAGCACUUCCCCCUGCCACUCUUCACUCUUUGCAAGGUCCACCAACCUUAGUACCGAGCUACAGCGCCAGCACUCCAGUCUACAACUACCCGCCGGGCUGCUACCCUCAGAGCAGCCUGUCCUCUGGAUACAGCCACCCCAGUGCCUCUUACCUGCCCUCUGGGCUUAACGCUCCAACCCCUCUUGCACCUAGACCCACCAUGGUGGGGGGAGGUUACAGCUACGCAUCCCACGGCCUCAGUGCCGGCUCGGAGGCGGCGGGGGCCCUGAAACGUAAGGCCUUUGAGAUGGCACAGGAGGGACAGGAGGGGGCGGAGGUGGAAGGCUCCCGCUACAGGAAGUACGGCAACGGUCAAGGAAACAGUCAGAGCAAAAGCCAUGGCAACGGUCACGGCAACGGCUACCACAUGAGCGACUCAGGCUCAGACCAGCUGGCGUACAAACCGGGAAAACCUCUGCUGUCGCCCCCGUAUGGUGGAUCAGGGGACUACAGCCCAUCAUCUGGUCUAGCCGGAGAGAGCGUAUCGGGGGAGCACAACUUUUCUCAGCAGCAGAGAAUGUCUAUGAAGAUACCAGCAUCGCACCCUCGACCCGAGGACCCUGCCGGAGGCCGCUGAAGAGGAGCUCAUCGCUCUCACAAAGCGAUCCUGGUCCUUAAUCCAAAUAUAUUUAGGGGGAUGAGAUUGGACGUAUCAAUGAAAUGUUUCAUUUUACCAGCAGAGACAAGAACGCACGCGGACGCGGCUCCUCGUGAAGCUUCAAUAUUUUCAUCAUGUGUGUUUUUUCCAAAGAUUCACUCGGGCCUGUCGGCCUGUACCCUGAUCGUGGUCAGUCUUAGGGGGUGAGGUUGAGACAUUCUCUGCAUACGUAGUAUUAUUAGAGUCUUUAUGUGGAGUGUCUGUUUCUCUCAGGAUCCUAUUUAUUUCCUUUCUGCUACUGCGGCAACAGCACUGCAAUGUCGCAGAAUUAGAAAUGGUGUAAAAUUAUUUGUAGCCAUGAUGUGUGUGAAAGGCCUUUGACUGCAGUGUGUUCUAAUAAACCACAAACACACACACACAAAAAAAUCAUUACUGACCAAAAACUACGGAGAGCAAUAACUGGAAACGCCAAACUACUUCAGCACAAUCACUGCUGCGUCACAACGCUCACGGCCACGGCUCGAGUCCUCUACACCCUGCCCCGCUGUCCUUAGUCUGCUGUAGUCGAUGAAUUAGUUUUUAACCAGCUGCUCAUCAAACCGUAGGUCGAGGGUGAACACCACACGCCUCCCCUCAGACUAAAAGUUCUAAAAUGAAGGAGAGGAGAAUGAAUCUAACGGUUUAGACCAUGCAGACCAUCGUUCAUGGCUGGUGUUUACAGGCCGCUUUCUAUCCUGAAACAAACAGGUAUUUUUUUCACCACUAAUAUCAUCAAGACAUGACAUUGUAACGACACUGUUCACACUCACUCACAGCGAGGCGUUCACAGGUAUUCCUGUUCAGACGCAGCGACCAGACGUCAGCUUCAAGCGUUCCACGCUUCAUGAAAAUGUACCUGCUUGUCUUCUGGCUCUUAGUCUUUUUUUUUUUUUUUUUUUUUUUUUUAAAUAUGCAUUCUUUUUACCUUUGCUUCUGUUAAAGGAUGAUUUAUAAGAUUUUGUUGUUGAAUACUCAGGAAGAAUAUUGUUACCUCAGAAUGAUGAUAUAAGAAUGUAUGCUUUAAAUUUAGGGGGUUUGUACGGAGCCAAUCGGGAAAAAUUAUUGAAAGGGGAGCCACGGCUUUGUCAACGUAAAAAAAAAGAAGAAGAUAUUUCUGCAAAAUAAAAAAAAAAAAUCUUACCGUAGGCCUUUGAUAUUAUGAGUAGAAUAUACACAUAUACAUACAUGUGCAUGUACACACACACACAUACACGCGCGCACACACACACACAGCUUCUUAGCUCUGGUGAAAUUAAACUUGAGGUUUUUUGUACCAAGGCCUGAAAUGUUGAAUGUAAUUCAAAUAUUUUUUUUAAAUGACAAUACAUGCCAUAUUGUACAUCGACUAUGUUUUUAGAUAUAAGGAAACAUAUUUUUUCUUCAUGUAUAGAUGUAAUUCUCUACUAGCUUUUGAUGAAAUGAAUGACACGUUAAGUAUUAGUGUAGGUUUGGUGGACAAAAAGUCACAACAAAGCACUCCACGUAUACAACCUCUGACAUAUCACAAGGCAAACGUCUGUGCUUCAGCGUCCCACUUCCACUGGUCACCGCAGUAUUUUUAAAAACCGCUUUUUUUGGUAAAGCUUUAAUGUAUUCACGGCCUGAAGAAGUUGGGAAAAAACGUGACGGACACAAAUAAAAGAUGUAAAAAUCUGUGCCGUCACCGGAAACAAACGUCUUUCUCUGAGUCGUAACAUUGGUGCCAUACAACGUUUUCAGCAUCCUGCCUAACAUUCAGGUGUGAUGAAAAAGUACACUGACAAAGUACACUAAAAGUACUUUGACGCACAUUCAUAAAAUUGACUUAAAACUCUAAGUUUAAAACAAAUAUAUGCUGACGACGGCAGGAUUAUUAGAAAAUUCAGGUUAAGCCUUUAACUAAGGUGUUUUUAUAAAAGAAAAAAAAGUAAAGAAAAUCCAAGCGCUUAACUUCAACCCUGAAUGCUCUUCAACAUCACACGAGGAAUUUGCUGACACACGGCGGCACGCGACAGUAUUCGCCGUAUCGCUGGCGUUACUCACGAUUCACUGCGUACGGUGUUGGGUUUGUCCAAAUGAAUUUCAGUGUUAAUUUUGUGACUUCACUUGUACUUUUGUUGUAUCUUGUACAUUUUUCUGUGACCAUUUCUACCUCAUUCUGAAGACAUACCUUUGAAAUAUUUAUUUCAUGUCAUUUCAUUAGCCAGUUUAAAGGGAUAGGUCGACUUUUCUCUGACGUGCAGUAAAGUAAAGUCAGAAACCCUGGCGUCCAGCAGAAAUGAUGAGAAAAAAAAUAAAGAUUGUUGUCACAAUUCUUGGGACACAAGGUGUUAAAUAAGUGCAGAUGUUUUUUUGUUUUUUUUUUUCUUAUGACAUACAUCUGUAUUUCCAUCUGUUCCCGCUGGCAGCCCAGGUUUCAGUGAGAGUCUGUGUCUGUAGUUCCUGGUCUGAGUCGACUGUGUGCAUUAUUUUCCACAAUCACAGUUGGGGGAAAAAAAAGAACCCUACCUUUUCCUUAGAGGAGUCAUUUCUUUUCAUUUUAUUCUACCUCACUAAAGACUGUUGUGUCAAUGAAAUGAAGAUAUCAUACCAAAAAAAAAAAA